AUUGUUCCCGUUCCAUGUAUCGGUCGCCAUUUCUGCUGCUAGCUGCUUUAUCUCCUCUUUUCUGGGAAAUAGAAAGCUAAAGAUAUUUUGCGCUGCUACCACGCACCGUCAUUGUAGAUUCGCCGCUACCUCCACGGCCACGCACUGCUGUAUUUUCUGUCCGUCUCAAACACGUACACAUUCCAUUAUGGUGUAAACGUGCGGGUUACUUCAUCUAGCGGUACCAGGAACUGCACACGUAUGAUAAUGUCACUGCUCCGUGCAUAUCACGAUUCCAAACGUUCGUUUCCGUAGCCGUACAAAAUUUGAAACAAGAGAAUGCUCUCGUCACCGUACAUCCCCCGACUGAGUCGACUAGUAGGGCCAACACGUCAAGGAGUUUGAUGAAACAUCAUGAUUUUAUAAGAGUAGACGCGCGUAUUACGUAUGUGAAACACUUUUUUAAUUAGAGCUCCUGGUCCUGCCGGACUGUAGUAUACCGCAACGUCAGAAGAUGGAGCGAUCAACAGGUCUGAUGGUCAGAUCGAGUGCCUUAAGUUUGAACAUUCAGUCAACUUGCACACAAGGACAGCAUAAAAAAUUAUUUGACUUCCAGGACCACGCUCGUGACAGUAUUCAUUAAAGCCCUCAACAUAUGCAGCAUAUCACAAGUCGUCGACGAUAGAAGACUCCUGCGACCUUAAGAGUGCACUAGAUGAUCAGAUCUUCCGCUUAUUGAUUUGUUUUCUUAUAGGAAUUUUAUUUAAGGUUUUGGUCAUUUUUUUCAAGUAGACGACGUCUUUUAGAAGUUGUCCUCGUCUUUCCGGGUAGAAAGUUGUUGAAUAGGUAGAGUACCUUCUUCUUUAGCAGAGUAGCAACAUCGAAAAUCGAAAAUGUCGGCGGACGUGCAGACGUUUUCGAUGCUGAAGGACGACGCGAACAAGAUCGUCGCGGAUGCGGUAUCAGCGGUGGUGGGACCGCAGUCAACGGGGGUCGAGGUCGAGUACGACCCCAAGCUGGUCCAGACCUGGAUUGAGAAGAUCAACACCGAGAUUCUGGACAAGCUGCAGCAGAUGUGCCAGUCCUUCAAGUUCAUCGUGUCCACCAACGUGGUCCAGAAAAACGGGGCGGGCAUCCACGUCUCCAGUACCUGCUUCUGGGAACAGGCCACGGACGGAAACCUUACCUUUCGCUGGGAAAACAAGACGAUGUACGUCAUCAUCCAGGUCUUCGGCCUGGCUCUGUAGGAGCUACCUCUUCUUCAUCCGACUAGGUGAAGGUUGUUUUAUUCUACACGCGGUUGAAAUUUUUUAUCUGGUGGACGCGAUGUUGCUGGAACAACUACCUUCUGAUAUCAUCAACAUGUACAAAUCAGUCUGGACUACAACAAGAAAUUGCUACAGUAGUAGGUCUGUCUCAAAAAGUGGCAUGUGGUGGAAAAGAACACCAUAUCGCCGCCGACUUCUAUUUCACAAAAUUUCUCUUUGAAUAAAAACACCCGUUCUUCAUCUUCUUUUCGGCAACUACUAAGCAAAGCCCGCAUUGUAUUUUUCAUAUCUUGCCGAUGCCGUCGCCUCCCUCUCCCUCACCGAAGAGUUCAACAUGUUUUACCCAUUUUGCCGACCCAGUCAGCAGUUCGUUGUCUACCCACCCAGGAGAAAGCAAAUAGAAAAUACUCGCGCAGAUGCAGAAGCUUCUUUAUUACGUUGAGAGGAGGAAUACGAAUAUCAACAUUCUAGAAGGGUCGAGGUCGUCGAGAAAAGCAACUUUUGUUUCUUUACUGUAGAACAAACAGCGACAGCCGGAGCUAAAGCUAUUCGGGUCAAAAACUGUUCUAGAAACGGCGACGCAAAAACCUGGUUACACGCACUCAGAUUUUGUGAAGGCGAACACAGUUCUAGCGCUAGCUACUCGCGUCGAUGACAGCUGUGCCCGCUGCGUGCUCCUUCGUCCUUUUCACCCUUUGUUGGUAUUUAAAAGAUAGAAGCACCUCGCUAGUAAUUCUGUUUGAUUCGUGUUAUGUUGCUUAAUUAUGAAAUCCCAAAGCCAAACAAAUUUCACCCCGCGACCUUGUGAUUUUCUUUUCGCUAUGAUGUCAGUCUGCAGACAUGCAUACUUAUGAGACUGGUGUGGUCCCCAGCAGAGAGACCCCCACGUGCGGUGCGGACCAAAAAUCAAAAAGAGAGCCAGGAAGCCUCCGCUGCGCUUUGCCGGAGUAGGGUGUUCGACCGUGAUCCGGUUUUCGGACUUUCAGUCAUGGUUGUGAAAUUCGGC